AAAAAACGGAAGAAGAAGAAGAGGCGUGUAUGUAAACUAGCGGCCUUUUCCACUUGGUGACCGACGUUUGUGUUUUCUGUAAAGAAAAAUCACACUAUACGUAUUGUAAACAUAAACAGCAGCAGCCCUGCCCCGACGUGCCCCAACCCCAAGCGGAGCCGUCAUGUGGCAGGAGGCCCGCAAACAUGAGCGCAAACUGCGCGGGAUGAUGGUGGACUACAAGCGGCGUGGGGAGAGACGUAGAGAGUACUAUGAGAAAAUCAAAAAGGAUCCAGCCCAGUUCCUGCAGGUUCAUGGCCGGGCAUACAAAAUCCAUCUGGAUUCAGCUGUAGCCCUGGCAGCUGAGAGUCCCCUCAACAUGAUGCCUUGGCAAGGAGAUACCAGCAACAUGAUUGAUAGGUUUGAUGUCAGGGCACACCUGGACUACAUCCCCACCUAUACACCAACUCUCCUGAACACUACCACCCCAGAGCAGGAAUCAGAAGAGAGGAAGUGCAAUUACGAGCGCUAUAGAGGUCUGGUGCAGAAUGACUUUGCGAACAUCUCCGAGGAACAGUGUCUGUACCAGAUCUAUGUGGAUGAACUCUAUGGUGGCCUACAGAAACCAAAUGAGGAUGAGAAGAAAAAACUCGCUGAGAAGAAAGCUCAGAUCGGUUAUACAUAUGAGGACACCACAGUGACUGAACCAGAUGAACAGAUGGAGAAGGGAAGUGAGGAUGACUCAGAAAACAGCGAGUCUGAGGAAGACGAAGUCAUCCCUGAUAUCGAUGUUGAGGUGGAUGUAGAUGAACUGAACCCAGAGCAGGUGACGGAGAUUAACAAGAUGGCCACCACUUAUGGCAUGGCAGAUGAGGACUUUGUAUGGAUGUUGAGGAAGGACAAGGAGGAAGUGGAGGCCAUUAAGCAUGCAAAAGCACUGGAGGCAGAGAAGGCCAUGUACUCUGGCCGGCGGUCUCGCAGACAGCGAAGAGAGUUUAGAGAGAAGUAUAUGAAAGGCAGGCAGAUCAGCCCACCCAGCUAUGCCAGAAGAGACAGUCCUACAUACGACCCCUACAAACGGCCAGAGUCAGACUCAAGUUCAGAGUCACGCUCUCGUUCUCGAACCCCAGGCAAUGAUAAGAUCACUUUCAUCACCAGCUUUGGGGGCAGUGAUGAUGAGGGAGCCUCAGCUGCACAAGCCCCACCUGCAGCGGUGUCAAGCCACACCUCCUCCAACACCGCAGGUCAUAGCAGGGGCUCCCGCCGAAGACGUUCUUCCUCCAGUCACUCGUCCUUUUCCUCCCACUCCUCUUCACAUCGGUCCUCAUGCUCAUCCUCACGUUCCCGCCGGAGUCGUCAAUCUCGUGGGGGCAGGGACCGCAACAGCCGUUACUCCAGGUCUCGCUCUCGCCGGCGGUCUGACUCCCGUUCACGGCAACGCAGUGGAGGAGUUGGCUCGAGGAAACGAUACGACAGGACUAGGUCUCGUUCCACAGAUCGGGGUAGAGACAGAAACCGUGAAAGAGACAGAGACCGGGACAGGGGGAGGCGCUACACAGGCCGCAGACGAACCAGGUUUCGCUCACAUUCUCGUUCAGGUGAUCGUUACCAGCGGCGGAGUCGCAGCUCAGCAUACAGGAGGGGCGGGAGCAUCAGUCAAAGCCCCUCCCACUCACCUGCAGCGAGCCGCAGCCUUUCCCCCUCCUCCCAUUCUGCUCCACCUACAUCUGCUUCUGCAGACAAACUGAGAAAGCCUGAAAAUUCGGGUGGUAAAGAGACUGGAGCUGCCAAAGUCAGUAAGAAUUUGAUGUAUCUCGAAUUUGUUGCUAAAGACUCCGCCUCCCUCACCCCUGACAGGCUGAUGCAGUUAACAAUCAGGCUGGGGCUCCUGCCCAUCUCUUGGCUCUUCAGAGAGCCCUUGUUCUCAUUUUAGAUGUGUUUUUGAUUGGCUGUACACUUGGUGAUCAGCUGCCCUCUGUUUGCAGAAUGCAGUGGUCUUUUGAAGAGCAGCCAUAUCUGAACUUACC